UUAACUCGCAAGUAGACCGUGACGGCGCUACUGGCGCCAAGAGUUGUCACUUUUCCGUUAACCGUUGUGCGAAUCGGUGCGAAAUAUUUCGCGGUGCUGGUUCGUCGAGACAGGGUGAUGUUCCAACAAUUGUCUAUGAAAUAUGUUAAUUGAUUGUGUGUGUUCGCAUCACGUCACGCUUAAAUAAGAGUUAUAUAACAAUAAGUGAAUAUAUAUAAGAUGGGUGAGCCAAAACCAUCAGGAUUAAGACCACCUUCAAAAAUUGGUCGGCCAUGCAGCAAUCUGCCACCAAGACCAGCAGUGCCACCUUCUCCUCCAAGACCUGCGAUGAACCAGAUGGAACAUCUCUGGGAAACGCACGGCCGUCGGUUAAGCGAGGCUGGCCUGCGCAGAGGAUCAGAUACUAGUGUCGUCCUGACAGAAGACACCGACAGCUUUAUAAUAGGAGACCGAGUAUGGGUCGGCGGAACGAAACCCGGCGCGAUCGCUUACAUCGGGGAAACCCAGUUUGCGCCUGGAGACUGGGCUGGAGUGGUCCUCGACGAACCAAUCGGAAAGAACGACGGAUCGGUGGCUGGCUGCCGUUACUUCCAGUGCGAGGCUAAGCGCGGGAUUUUCUCGCGGCUGACCAGGUUGACCAGGGAGGCGAUAUCCGACUCGAUGAUGUCGCCAACGCAGAGGACACCGACGACACCGCCGGACAGCAUGAAGGGGAGCCUCGGGAGGACCAUCUGCCCGUCGUUAAACGCGUCGACAACGAGCCUAUCGUCCACGGUGUCGCAGAGAGACUUCAGGAUAGGCGACAGGGUGAUAGUAUCCUCCAGCCAAGGCAGCAAAACCGGUGUCCUCAGGUACAUGGGCACCACGGAGUUUGCUGCUGGUGAAUGGUGUGGCGUGGAACUGGAUGAUCCCGUUGGCAAGAACGAUGGCUCCGUUGGAGACAACAGGUACUUCGAGUGCCGGCCUAAAUACGGGCUGUUCGCACCCGCGCACAAGGUCAGCCGUUCUCCAACGAGCAAACGGACAAGCUGCAUGGUGCACAGGCCAACCGGCGCCGCACUGAACUCCUCCGUGAAGAAGACAGGCUCGAGAGAGUCGCUGAUAUCGCUGUCAAGCAUCGCCAGCACGGCUAGCACAGCUGCCAGGGCUGGUAUCAAUACGCCGAGGAGGCCUGGUAUGCGCACGUCGGCACCUGCAUUAACCGCCCUGCAGGAGUCUUUGAAGGAGAAGCAGCAGGAGAUAGAGAUGCUACGCAGAGAAAGAGAUUUAGAACGUGAACGUGUGACAAAAGCAGCUAAUCAAGCAGAUCAAGCUGAACAGUCUAUACUCUCUUUGAAGCUAGAAUAUGAGCAGUACCGAGAGAAAAUGCAAAGAACGGUCACAGAAGCUGAAGCAGAUCUUAUUAAGCUGCUCGAAGAGAAAAAUACACUGACACUGCAGUUGGAGGAGGAGAAGAGGAAGUGUGAAGACCUGCUGUUUCGCUUUGAAGAGGAAUCUGUUAAUAAGGAUGAUAUUCAGAAAGAGAGAACUGAACAAUGUGUGAUAAAUACUGUAAAUGAGAACAAAAUCAAAGAUCUUGAAAAGCAGCUGGCGGAGGAAAGAGAACGCGUUGCUCAAUUCGAACAGGACAGUAUAAAGCUGUUCGAAACCGAGGAAGAACUGGCUCGUCUUCGCAAUGAAGUUUCCAAUGCUGCUCAGAAUAGGAAUCUGUUGGAAGAUGUGCAGAACCAAAACAAGUGCCUGGAAGAAACAAAGACGAGUCUCGAGAAGGAAGUGCAAGAGAAGACUACGCUCGUAGAACAAUGUGUAGCACAAAUUAGGGAAUUGGAGGCCAAAUUGAAUGAGAGUCAAAAAGAAAAUGCGGCACAAAAAGAAUCAGACGCGAGUCUGAAAGCUGAAUUGGAAACUCAAAUAAAUCUAAAUAAAACAAAAGAUGAAGAAUUAAUCAUUGCCUUAAAAAAACUCGAAGAAUUGAGCGAGAAACUGAAGUUAAUGGAAGAAAAGAAUGUUUUGCUUUCCGAACAGAUACAGGAGUAUCAAUCACAAGCUGAAGACAGCUUCAAGAUAGUCCAGGAAAAACAAAAAUUGGAGCAAGAUAUCGCUUCCUUGAUGGCCACGGAAGUAAAUUCUUCUGUACAAUUGAAGAAGUUGCACGAAGAGUUGCUGGUAAAGGAAAAAGAACUCUCGGAACUACGGUCCACGAGUGCAGCUGAGAUCGAGGAGUUAACUAAACGUUAUCAGAUCCAAAUUGAAGAACAGUCGAAGUGCAUUAGCGAUGCUAACGUAGACAUUUCACAAAAGUCUAUGUUACUUAGCAAACUGGAACAAGAUAUAGCUGAACUAAGAUCAAUUCUUGCAAACAAGGACGAAGAAAUAAAGAACCUCAAGGAAAAGACUUCAGAAUUACAAGAUGCUCUCGCGUUAUCAGAACAAACUAAAACCAAUUUGGAGAGCGAACUUCGCGUAUUUGAGAAGAACAUAGAGAAAUUGACUGAACAAGUGGCUGGCGCGGAGAAUAAAAUAACGCAAGUUACAGCUCAAAAAGAAAAAUUGGAGGCAGAUAUUGAAAAUUUAAUAAGCAGCUCUGCGAACUCCUCUGAACAACUGAUGAAAUACAAUGAAGACUUGCGAGCAAAAGAAAGGGAGCUUGAUGAAUUGAGGGAUAAAUCGUUCAAAAGUGAAAACGCUGUGAAAUCCCUGGAAGGAAAAUUGAGUAACAUGGAACAAGAAUUAAAUAAAAAUAGUGCAUUAAUCCAGGAACAGCUUGCAGAAUUAGAAGCUAGUAAGUCCCAAUUGCAAAAGGAAGAAGGUACAAAGUCUGAACUGUUGGACAAAAUAAAACAGUUCGAAGCAGAAAAUGGUGAGCUUAAGAAAACGAUAAAUGAGAGUGAGCAAGUUAGAGGUAAUCUCAACGAGAAAUUACAAAAAGCACUUAACUCCGCGGCUGAGUUGUUGAACGCUAAAGAAGAAAUUCUUAACGUGCAAAAGCAAUAUGAUGCAUUGAAAAAUUUGCACGAUGAGGACACAGUUUCUUUGCAGCAACAAAUUGGCAAUUUGCAAACUGAGUUAGUUGCUUCUCAAGAAGAAACAAAAGCAUUACAGAAAUUGAAAAGUAAGUUAGAAGCAGAUCAAAGUGCCAAUCGCUGGUCCAUAGAAGAGUUAACUGAGAAAUUGAGUGCUGAAGCAGAAAGUCGCAAGAAAUUAGAAUCUUCGAUAUCUGAAAAAGAUUCUGAGCUCCAGCAUAUUCAAAGUAAACUCUCAGAAUUAGAAAAAGCAAAUGAAGCUUUAAUAGUUAAUAAAGAAACCACUGAUAGGAGUCUUACAAGUACUGUGGACACACUGUCCACUGAAAUUAAAGAGCUUAAAGAAAAAUUAGGCAAUGCGUUGGAGGCCAUUAAGAUUAAGGAUGAUUCUCUUGCCGAAUUGAAGAAGUCAGCAGAAGAGGCUGAUGCACAAAUAUUUAAACUGAACGAUACCAUUACGUCCAUGAAAGAAGAACAGUCGAAUAGUGAGGAAAAAGUGAAGAAGAUGCAAGAAGCAGUUUCAACGAAGGAGGAUGAAGUUAAAGAUAUAACGCAAACGAAGAUUUCAUUAGAAGCUAAUAUAAAUACUCUGAAAUCAGAAUUGAAGACUGUGAAAGAAGAAUUAAAUUUAAGAAUUCGUUCUCUUCAAGAAGUAGAAGGUACGAUAAAAGAGUUACAAAAUGCCAAAGAUGAAUCUGUGAUAAAAUUGCAAAAUGCGUUACAGUCUGAGGUGAAAUCCAAACAGACUGAAAUUGAAAAUAUGCUUCGGAAAAAUUCUGAGCUAGAGCAUAAGCAAGUUUCCCUGCAAAGUUUGAUAGAUAAACAAGCUAACGAUUUGAAUGAUAAAGAAGUGUCACUUAACAAAUUAACAGCACAAAUCAAUGCUUUAGAAAGUGUGCAAAAGCAGAUGCUGGAUGACAUAAACAAAGAAAACGGAAAUUUAUUGGAUAGCAAAGAAUCCCUUGAAAAGUUGCUGAAAGAUGGAGAACAAAAGAUCGAAAUUUUAACAAAUACUAUGAAAAAUAAAGAGAAAGAAGCUGAUAAGAAUUUGCAGAACCUGAUGGAGAAAAUGAACCGUAUGUCUGCAGAAUCCACACAAUUAAAAGAAGAGCAAAAUAACUUGGAACGAGAAAAUAAACAAAUUACUGCCAAAUAUGCUGAAGCAAUGAACCAGCUGAAACUUAGUCGGGAGAAUAUGAAGAACAAUUAUGAUGUAGGUGGUGGUGAUAUGAAACAACAUAUAGUCGAUCAAGAUAUCGAUAUCUUAAAAUUAAAAGAGGAAAAUGAGACCGCCCAAACUCAGAUAAAUUUCUUGAAUUCUGUAAUAGUAGAUAUGCAACGCAAAAAUGAUAUCUUAAAGUGUAAAGUUGAGGUUCUCGAAAUGGGAGUACCUGCUAACGAAGCUGAUGAUUAUACUCAGAAUACAUUGGAGAAACGCAUGGCUACGCCACGCAUGUUCUGUGAUAUUUGUGAUCAAUUCGACUUGCAUGAAACAGAAGAUUGCCCACGUCAAGCUCAAGACUUCCUGGAAACAGAAAAAGUAGCAAAAUCUCCAAAAAAGGUUUCGGCGGAGAGACCGUACUGCGAAAAUUGUGAAAUGUUUGGACACGAUACACGUGAUUGCGAUGACGCCGAGACGUUCUAACAGCUUGUUCUUGGUCUUACACACGUUUUACCGCUUGACAAAACGAAAUCCUAGACACGAGAGAAAGACCUGUUGAAAUUUUACAGAGUAUAUUUUUGUAUAAAAGAAUUAAAACGCUACCGUUGUUUGUAUGUCUUCCCGCAUAGGAUGUAACCAUUCAGACACUCCAAUGACUUGACGGACACCUGUGCUCCCCUGUGUUAAGUUCAUAUGCAGUCUUAAAUAUUGUAGGGCAAGCCGCAAGAAAAAGGAUAUCUGAUUACUUUUCUGUAGAUUAAAGUGCAAUGAAAAAAUUCAUAAGACAAAACUUCCAUCCAACGAGUUCCAUUUCUUUUUCUGUACCAAGUUUUAGUCAGGUGUUCUCUUUCUAACGCCUUCCACUCUGUAUAUGUUCGCAAAAAUGUUUUCUUGUCCGAAAUGUUUUACGCCGUUCUAGUUUCACAUAAUUUUAAAAGUACAAAGCGAUGAAGCUCAAUUAUAGAUUACAAUUGAGCUCAUUAGGGUACAUUAUUAGACAAAUUGUAGAACAAUUUGAAUUAAUGCAUAUUUUCGUUAAAGCGUGCAUAAUGGAAUAAUGUUAGUCGCAUAACCGACUCGCUGAAGUCAGAUGUAAUUAUGUACAUAAUAUUUAUAUCAAUCUGUACAUCUAUUUAAUAUUUAUUGAGUGUUCUAAAUGCGACACAUUCAGUGAUAGUUCCUUCGCUCGAGUCGUUAGCGUUAGACUAAAAUGUUUCUCAUACUAUCUUUGAAACCUUAUAUCCAUUCGGUGUAGUAGUACACUUCUUCUGAACGUAUUUGUACAUCGCACAGUAACGAAAUAGUAAAUACUUCCAGUUUUGUGUUUGUUACCGCUUUGUUAUCGCUACGAACGAUUGUACAAUGACUGUUCCGUAAAAUUGUACUACUAAGAUUUGUCAUUCUCUUGCCUUUCCACUUUGAGCCUUAAUACAGAGUUGGCAAUGUCCAUUGAUAUAAUCUCAUCUUGUAAUGUACAUUCAAUGAAUUAGAAAUGCUUGUAGCUAAGAAAAAUAAAAUUGUAAUAGACUGA